AGGGUUAGGGGUGUCCAGCGUGGCCGUGGGGGCGGUCAGUUUCAGCCUGGUCCUCACAGAGCAUAAACCUCAACUGGGAGACUCUUCUCCGGUAUGGAGCGGGGUGUGUGUACGUUAGCCAUUUCACUCUCUCUUUAACUCUUUACGGUGAUGAUCAGACCGUGCAAAGGCACCCCCGUCCCCUCCCUUCCCUUUCCUUCCCUUCCGCGUGUGCAUGCUGCGCCGGGAGCCGCGCCGGGUCCAUUUCCGAUGUGCAUGGGGUAUAGUCUGCAUUCUCGCGGGGCGGCGGGACGGCACGGCGGGAGGAGAUGUGUCUGUGUCGGGGCAUGGGAACAUUUCUUUCUCGUUUCUGCUUUGUGGCAUAUGUGGAAUAUUAUGUGCCAAAAAAAAGUCUGGACUUAUCAUGAUACUUUUUUCUGCCUGUUGCAUCUGUGGACUAAUCGGAGGAAUUUUAAAUUUUCAAUUUCUUCGUGCUCUCACAAAGAAGUCGUCCGCUCUCUAUUCUUUGCAUCUUGCCUCCAUGUCUCUUGCAUGCAUUGGAAUUGGUGGUUGCACCCUUUCUUCAUGGCUCACUUGUCGGCUAGCCAGCUAUGAACAAAGGCGAAUGUUCUCAGAGAGAGAACAUUCAUUGCAUCACUCCCAUGAAAUGGCAGAAAAAAGAUUGAGGGGUAUUGAAAUAACCGACCUGCCCAGCUGCCCGGUGGUUCCCCCGACACCAGAGUUACCUGCAAGGAAAUGACAGACAACCUAAGCAAUGGUGGCCCACAUCUGAUUUAUAAUGGAAGCGUAUACUAAGAGAUUUUUUAAAGUUCCAUGGAAUGAAGUGGUUUUAGAAUUUUCUUCAGGAAAAUAAAAAUGACUUCCAGAAAUUGAGAAAAUGGAACUAUCUUAGCUUUUAUGGCUCAAGUGUCACAACUGCAGAACAGCACAGUUGCAUUUCCCUUUUAGAAACAUCUUCAAAAUUUAUCUCCUAAACAUUUUGCGGAUAUACAGUAUUUAUUCACUUCCUGGAUACUCUUUGUCUGAAAAACUUUUCAGAAUUGUGAUAGUAUUUGAAAUAGACUUCUCAAGACUCUUCUUAUGAAGACUCAAAAACCAGAAAAAAUAAUGUAACUGUACCACACCUAGCCCAACCACAUGAUUCCUGGAGAGAGCGGAAGAGGGCAGAGGAAGGAUGGCUCAGAAGAAUUUUCUUGUCCUCUGUGGUCAGCAGCAUCUGGUGUAAUACGGUGGCCUCAGAUCAUGUGGCAUGGUACCAGCAACGCAUCUGCACAAGCCUCCUUUUCACACUGCAAAUGCAUCCAGCCUCAGUUUGCCCAGUAGAUUGUAUCAAAAAGAGAGUGCAAAUCUACUCUUCCAAAACGCUCCCAUCUCACAUGCAGAGUGUAAAUGAACAGUGUGCUGAAAACAACACCAAUGUCUUUGUUUUGAAAGACAGAAUGCUCUAAGAAUGCCAUAAAUCAAAACCUCAACAAUGCCUUGUUGUAAAGAAAUUGUAAAUAUUUCCAAUUUGUGAAUGAAGUAUAUUUCGUAAUUUGUUCAUAAAAGAUGACAAAUAAAAUGAAAUCCAAAACA